AUGCGGUUGGACAUCGAUAAAAUGCGCCAAACGUAUAGUUUGGACAGUGAUUAUCCGACUACGUGGUCGGAUAAGGAGAUAGACGUGAAUUUGAAGGACGUUGCGGAUGCUCAAUUCGGUGAUUUGUCGCGGUUCGCUCUUAUCCAGCAGCUCAUGUCGUCACUGGACAGUACCGGGUUUGUGGCUCAGGACGAGCGUGAUCCUUUGGGAUCUACAGACUCGGUGUUGUCGGUACUGCGAGCCCAAGGAGUUGAUGUCGAUUCGCUAGCUGAGCGAAGCAAGUACAUGCUGUCGUCCACAAAGUUCAACCCCAAGCUGUUUUUAAGAGCGGUGCACUCUAACGCCAGCUACGAGGACUUAAAAAACGCCGCAGAGUACUUGAGGCAGACAAUUGAAAGCCAAGACUCCGAUAUGCGUACUCUGGUCGACACCGACUACGAACACUAUGUGGCCUCUAAACGCAUGUUGGAUGAUGUUAUGCAGCAGUUUGGUGAUUCGGGCAUUAAUGAAACCGAUGACUGGGGUGUGAGCAGCGUCAAACACCGCAUAGACGAGGCCGCGUCGAAAUACACCGUCAUCCAACGUCCUCUGGAAGAUGCCAACACUAAGCGUCAGCGAUACCAAAACGCCCUGGUGAUUCUAGACGCAUACAAGUAUUUAUUCAACCUCCCGAGUCUUUUGUCGAAGCACGCACAGAACAAUGACCACGACGAGUUCAUGAGAGACCUCAAACAAGGAUUAGAGCAAAUGCAAGAGAUGCGUGGCUCGCAGUCGGCGGACGGUGCUCGGCUGAGUGACAUGGUUGGCAAAUUAUCCAAUGAAAUCGUGGAGCAGUACAAGGCAAAACUCUGGAAACAACUUCUGGAUACGCCUUGUGACUCAAACUAUAGCGUCUACUUUACUAGACUUACAGAUCUAGGCACCGAUCAACCACCGGUGUUUGUUUGGCUGAAGCAUCAAAUCCAGCAAUUUUUGGGCCAGAUAAAUGACCAAUUCGACAGAAUGGCACUAAAGACGAAUCUCAUGGCAAUGUAUGCCAUUGAGUCGUAUGGCUAUUUUGAAGUGACCAAAUUUAUCAAGGAGCUACCCGAAACACCAAGCGGUGAGAACCUUGAAGGUAUGUGUGACACAAUUGAAACAACCGAGUUCUGGAUCUCGUUAUUGGAAAUGUUUGAAGAGCUUCAGGCUACUCUAGAACGUGCUUGUGCGUUUUUUCGCGAGUACGCCUUACUGGUUCAGGGUCGGAGACUCGAGUCUCAUUUACGAUUGACCGGUGACCAGGAAGUCGCGAUUCGUGCGGAUUCCGACAAGCUGGUAGAGGUUUUCAAUACAAGGCUUAUUGAAUUCAUCACCGCACCUACUCCGAAACAUUUAACUUUGCCAGUUGCGGCUGAACAUGAGGCUUCAAGUGGGCCACGACUGUCGUUCCUUCCGCCUUACACCAAUUCGCUAUCUGCGUCCAAGUACCUGAGAAAAGUGCUGGACAUUUUGGUGCCCAUGCAGCGUGAAAUCAUGGAGCUUGUAAACGACAACCACCAGUUGAACAGGUCGAUCACAACCAUUAGGGGUCAAUUCAUAAAGGCUGUCUCCGAUUGCUGGUGCCAUGAUUCGCAAGCUUUUGGAACUGUCCAAACCUGGUCCUCGACCGGAAUUCAGGAGCUUAAAGAGACGCCAGAGUAUAUGAAACGGUUCCACGCGUUCAUCAUCUCGCAGCUGCGCUACUUGUUUGGGGGAGAGUCUCCAGAUCUCGUCAAGAGCUUGAUGGGUGUAUUCCCCGCUGCAUUGAGUUUGACAAUCAGAAGCCUUCAUGUCGUUUUAGUAAAAAGCGAGACAUCUGUCGUCCACAAUGAAUUGUUACCUGCACCUAUUUCACAAGACGCUAAAGUACUGAUGGCAGCCCGAAAUUUGUACGAGAUUAGGGAUAAAACGCUGCCGUCGUUAUAUGCCACAUUCAAAACCAGCUUCAGACAAGACACAGGUACGAUAGAGGAGUCAGUCAGCCCGGUAAUCGAAGAGCUGUCCAACAGUCUGUUUGAUCUCUAUACCCGCAAGCAGAAGGCCAAGAUCUCGCAAACGAUAUCUCAGGAGGUGCCUCGACGAUCGAAGAAGUGGAUGGAGGAAGAGACUCCACGUCAAAUAUCUGGAUUCAUGUACGAAAGUCUCAUGUUGUUGGUGAGUGUGCAUUCAAACCUUUCAGAGAACUGCCCCGCAAUUAUCUUCCCUGUCUUGAACGAGCUUUACGAACAUUUACUGACCUGUCUGUUGACAGCAAUUCGCGAACUGGACCGUCUCGGGAAGUUAGGUGUACUCCAGCUUGUCGCGGACAUUGAAUUUGUGCGGUCUGUUAUGGUCAACCUUCGAUCUGAGGCGGCGGUCAAGACGAUCCAGCGCAUUUACGACACCAUUCGUGAGUUAUCCGCCGACCGCUCUUUAUGGGAAGGCACGGACUCGCCACGAAAGUAUGUUUUGAAGGUCAUUGAAACCGCCUUGAAACGCGAGUAUCUGGUAUUUGCAUGCUUCAGAUCAAUCAAAUAG